GGCUCUCGGUGUCUUGCGUUGGUUGGUCAGAGCACUCGGAGCCCAGUCGAAACCCCUUCGAGAGAAGUGUGCCGAGCUUUGCUCAGGGCGGUCGUGCGAUAGGAGAAUCGAUCCGUAACGUUAUCUGAUGCGACGUGAACGUACGUGAGCCGCCGAUCGUCAGUGGACAGCGGAGCCGCUACGUAGCCGACCUUGACAUCUCCACGAUUUGAGUGUAGUGCCGCCGUGGUGCCAAAAAGUGAUCGUCCGCCAGAAACUGAGUUGCGUCCUCGUUGGCAGUGGAGGGGGGGAGAAAAUGACCAGUAGAAGCCAGCACUAUGGAUUCCAGUCGGCCACCGUGGUGCAGCCUGCCAAUGGCGGUCACACCUAUCUGUUUGGAAACAACGGCUCGGAGAACGACCUGUCGGAGGAGGAUGGCGAGAACUACGAGCUGCGGCCUCGUGGCAGAGAGAGGCUUCGGAGGAGCACCUCCAGAGAGAGGAUGGACGAUAUUAUCUACCUGACCAGAGAUAUCCAGGAGGGUGACACUCUGAACAGCUUUUCCCUGCAGUACCAUUGCUCAGUGGCUGAUAUUAAGCGUGCCAACAACCUCCUGACAGAACAGGACUUCUUUGCGCUGCGGUCAGUUAAAAUUCCCGUGAAGCGCUUCAGCGUCCUUACCGAGACUCACACCACCGGUCCUCUUAAAUCUGCCUCGCCCUCGGGUGCCAGGCGACUGCCUCAGAUCACACCCAUUACCUCCCUCCCUUCAGAGUCCUCCACAGACUCUUCUUCCUCCACCGACAGCGUGGAGGGAUUCCUCCUGGAGAAGGACAAGGACAUUGAGCGGCUGGUGAAAUCCACAGGCCCGUCUCGGAACAGCCUGAAUGAGGUCGUCUCCUCCUUAACGCUGCAGCAGCAGCCGCUGCUAGCAGAAGUAGAGUAUAAACCAGCACAGAGAAAGGACCCUUAUUAUGGGGCCGACUGGGGCAUGAGAUGGUGGACGGCUGUGGCCAUCAUGCUGUUUGUUGGUAUCGUCACGCCCGUGUUUUAUCUGCUGUACUAUGAGGUUCUUGUGAAAGCUGAUGUCAGCCAUCAUGGCAUUCCUACCCAAGCUAACGGCCACGUGCCUCAUGGAAAUGUCCACGGCAAUAAUUUGGACCUUCCCGCUGGAGGAGACAUGAGAAGCCAUGCAGGGGCUGGGCCUGGACAUCAUGCUGGAAAUGUGGUCAAUGGAGAUCUCCAAGAACUGGAUGUGGACAAACCAGGAGGCGCCGGACACGGAGGGCGUGAGAAAACAUAGCAAAGGAUUAUAACUUUAUAAACAAUUUUGUUGCUAGCUAAGAGACAUGAUAAAACUGGGUACGUGUUCCCAUUUUUAAUAGUUUUUAUUGACUUAACACAGCAAUGCAAUCUGCCUGACUUGGACAGUCACUUUUAUAGGGUUGAGAGACUAGAUAUGAGUAAAGACCACAAUCAUUCCAUGUGUCUGACCACUUAGAGAUAUAUAUGCUUUUCAACAAGGUGCGUCUAUGGGCUGAAGACGGGUUCGGCUGUCUCUGCCAGAUGUCGCUUUUGACAGAGAUUUUAUACAAAAGGUCAGACUUUUUGGAACUUAAGUUUCAAAUAAUACUGUCAUCAGCAAAGCCAGAAAAACUUGUGAUGUUUUUGUUAUCAUCUUGGCUGCUGCAUUUUCAGUUAACCAGCUUCUUCAGUGAUGGAUCAGUAGCCACACCCUUAGACGAUCAAUACUUGUGGAUUUUGUCUCGCAGCAAAUCUACGGAAUUAAUCUCAAACUUGCCCUGUUUGUUCCGACUUUAUUUUUUGCCAUGAAAUCGUUUUUUUCAACACUGUUUGGAAAAGUAUACUUUUCUGCCGUUGUGUUUAAAACACAUUAAUUUAUUUCAUGACUAUUGAGCAUUCAUUUUGACUUACACUAUCAGUAUUGGAAGUUCCCGGGAGUUUCCAGUUUGAAUAUGUUACUAAAAUUCCAUGAAAUUUGUUUGAAUUUUUCUUUGACUGGAGGAAUGUCUUGUUUAUUUCAGGGGUUUUCCCCCUUUAAACAAAUAAUUCAAGAGCAUGGUGAGGAAAAUGGGAAAUGCACAGUAUUCCAACGAUGAUUCAUUGACUCGAUUCGAUCGUGAUUGACCACGUGAAAUUUAAGCCUUUAUUAUAUAGCCCUUUUAUUUCAUCUGUGUUCAUAUUUUAUGACAAAGCAUUUUGUGUUGUUGUUGACAGUAUGUGCCUUUCAACCUGUGGAAAAGUGCUACAGGCUGGAAAAUAAAUAAAUCUAUUUUGAAUAAAUUAUUGCCAGAGUGUA